UUUGUUGUUGAGUAAAGACCUUGAAACUAUAUAAAUACAAUGUUCUGUUUCUGCGCACAUUUCUAACGAUGGCGUCUUUAAGCUGUGGCUACAAAUGUUUGCAAAUAUUUUUGGUCAUCUUCAAUAUACUUGUGUUUGCAUGUGGCAUCGCUCUGAUUGUAAUCGGAAGCCUUGCACAAGUAGCAAUUAAUAAAUAUUCUGCUGGAAUGGAUGCAAAUGUAAAAGGACUUGUCAUUUUUAUCAUUGUCCUUGGAUGCGUUGUGUUUCUUCUGGGAUUCCUUGGAUUCUGUGGAGCAUGUACUAAAAAUGUUUGCUGUUUAACAAUGUAUGCUAUUUUGCUAUCAGUUAUAGUUGCGGCUGAAAUCGGCGCAGGAAUAGCUGCUGUUGUACUGAAAGAGGAUGUCAAAAAGCACUUCACAGCUACAGUCAAGAGUUCUGUAGCAGUGUACAGUAGCAAUCCUGAACUCCAGAAACUUAUUGAUAAAAUACAAUCAGAGUUUAAAUGCUGUGGUUCUGAGUCUUCGAAUGAUUACAGUGCAACAGGACAAACGGUCCCUGAAUCUUGUAAAGAUCCAGCUACAAAGGUGGCAUAUGCAGAUGGUUGUUCUAACAAAGUGAUAAGUUUCUUUGAAAAGUAUCUUGUCGCUGUUGUUGUUGCUGCAUUCGUUUUUGCCUUACUACAAUUGCUGUGUAUUGUAUUCGCUGUUUGUGUUAUUCGAGCUAUCAAGUCUGGUGAUUCAGCCUGAGGUGAAGAGAAGAAGCCGUAGAAGAUGACAAAAGGCGAGACUGACUGACAUCAGAAGUGUUUUGGGCUAUCUCACAAAAUUCCCUUAUAAUAUAAAGUUGGCAAAAUGACACUGUUCAAUGUGAUAAAAUCCUUCACUUUCCAAAACCCCUAUCCCGUUCUCCACCCCGAAAAAAUAUUUUUUUUUAAUAAUUUCUAUUCAUCUGUCAUAUGGUUAAUUUUUACCUUUCUUUUUCUUAUAAUUAUUGUAAUUGUUAACAAGUGGAUAAAGAAAAUUUUGUAUUCUCCCUGCUCCCCCUACUCCUUGACAUCCUUUACAGUUUUUAAAAAGUAACAGAUGUAAGGAACAAAGAUGGCGGAAAAAUCAUGAAAUAAUUUUGUUUUUGGGUUAUUGGGUUGAUGAAGAAUAAAGAUAAAUAUAUUACUAUUAUUAUUAUUACUAU